AUGCCCCUCCCGUUCCGCCGCGAGCUGCCCCAACAAUCUGCCAGCUCAGGCAUCAGCGCCUCGUCCCGCCCCGACGACCGGAACCUCCCCAAGAGCGCAACUGAGAAACACGGUUCCGACUUGUACCCCGAGCUUAAAGAGCUCAUGCUCCGCAACCAGCGCUGGGCGAAACGUGUGGGCUCGGCCGACCCAGGCUUUUUUCCCCGUCACUAUCCUGGCCAGCGGCCCGAGAUUCUUUGGAUCGGCUGCUCGGAUGCGCGUGUGCCCGAGACUACUAUCAUGGGGUCGCAGCCAGGCGAUAUCUUUGUGCACCGCGGUAUUGCAAACCUGUACUCUCCCUCAGAUGACUCGCUCAACGCCGUCCUCAUGAUCGCCCUGAUCAACUUCAAGGUCAAGCACAUCAUCGUGGCGGGCCACUCGAACUGUGUCGGUUGCCAGACUGCGCUGCGUGCGUCAAAUCUCCCCCCGGUUCCCGAAACCCAGGCGAUCCAGCGCUACCUCAAGCCCUUGACGGUCCUCGCGCGCGCCAUGGCAACCGAGGACGGGCCUCCUUCGCUCGACCUGCUGGUCGAGGAGAACGUGCAGCAGCAGGUGCGCAAUCUCCUCGCCAGUCAGGUUGUGCAGGACGACUGGAAGCGCCGUGCCGAAUAUGGCGUGACCGUGCAUGGCUGGGUGUACCAGCUUGAAAAUGGAACUGUGCGCGACCUUGGUGUAUCGCAGGGGCCGCCUGGGGCCAAGCCCGGUGGCUCGCGGAUGGGUCCUCGACUCUUCUAG